AUGGGAGAUGAGAACGCCAACAACGGGGCUAACCCUCCAACCAUGGAGCAGAUCAUGGCUGCCAUGAGAGAAGAGUUGAGGGCUGUUGUAGGGGAGCUUGGCCAGCAGAUCAACACUCGCUUGAACCGGUUGGAGCAACCUCAAAGGAGAGUUCCAAUCCGCAACCAAAACCCCAUCCAUGAAGAUGAAGAUGGAGAGCAAGGAGAUGAUGAAAGCAUGCCGAGCUUAGAUGAUGAUGACCCUCUCCAGAACCGCAAUCCUAGGAGACAGGAUCCACUUAGACACAACCGUGCUAGGGAAGCUAAUCAUAGGGAGCACAAUAAAGACAUUAAAAUUGUUCCCCCUAUUUUUACAGGAAAGUCUGAUCCAGAAGCUUACAUGGAUUGGGAGAAGCGCUUAGAGUACAUCUUUGAGUGCUAUGGCUACGGAGAGCACAAGAAGGUUGCCUUAGCAGCUGCUCAACUCACCGAGAAUGCACUUGCCUGGUGGGACAGAACUGUAGCUGAGAGGAGGAGGAACCGCUUUGGAGCUGUCACAACUUGGGCUGACAUGAAGUAUCUCCUAAGGUUAAGAUAUGUUCCUGAUUACUAUCAUAGAGACUUACAAAAACGUUUUCGCAAGUUGUCUCAAGAUGUCAGGGACGAGGUCACAUGGCUAGGGAGUGCCCAAACCAACGAGUCAUGA